GUCUCGACCGAUAUUGGUUGAACAGCUUUAAUACCAUCGUGUUCGUUUGUAGUUGGAAAAGCAGAAAAAGUGUAUAACGGAGUCUUAGUCGUCGUGCGUCGCAAAAUAUAACCUCUUCAAUAAAAUGAUACAAUUUUUAUCUGCAUCGCUUAAAGUUCUGUUCUUUCGACAAAUUUGACUUAACCAAACUCGAAUUGUUUUAUCAUCGCGGUAAUAGACUAAAUACACGCAUCAUGAAAGUUAUCGUGAAAAAACUUCAGGGGAAAGAAUAUAUUAUCGAUAUUAUGCCAACAGAAACUGUCUUACAACUGAAGCAUAAAUUAAGUGACCUUUUAGGCAUUGAUGUACCACAACAAAGAUUGUUGCUUACGGGCAAAACAUUGGCCGAUGAACAGCCAUUAAGUUUUUAUCCAGCAAUUAAGGAUGGAAGUAGACUUAACUUAGUUGUUAUAAAGAAAGCAGAAGAAGGACCAAGUGAGGCUAAAUCUUAUCACAAAACUGGAACGCAAAUUUUGAGAGAUGAGGUUACCAGAGUUUUAAGGCAUUAUUAUACAGAAUCUGAAGCAGAAUCAAUCGUUAAUGAGCUAAUAAAAGACUUGAAGAACAAAGUAAAUAACCUUAGUUACGACGACUUGGAAAGAUUUGCAACAGCAUUAUUACAGGACCAAGAGAAUAUAGCUUAAGAUUAUUUCAAUUUUGCAAUAUCGCUUAUCAAUCGAUUACUUCGAAUAUAACUUUAUUUAAUCGA